UUAUUUAUCAACGUGGUCAUUAAUGCUCACCAAAGGCCAUUUGUGAGCUUAAGUAGAGUAGAUAAGGACUGAACCCUUAUAUAAAGUUACUACAAGUGAUGAUAGAAAAACAUUAAUUGUCACAAACAUUGAACUAGUCUUACUGUAGGUCUAGACUAACCUAUAGGCUAUGUGCAUUUUUUGCCAUAUGAAGCAGUUUCCGCAGGUGGAAAACUAAAGUCUAUUCGAGCAUCCACAGCAGGGACUUGAGAUGGAAAGUAAUCCAAUAAGGGAUGGAAAAGGACCGAGAGUAGCCUACUGGCAGCUGCAGCAGUCACGCGACAGUAAUAUUUUUCCCCGCAAAAAUGCAAGCAAAAACGCCGUGGUUUGUAACUGCGUGGCUUUUCUUAGGGUUUGGUGGGCUGAGGGAUUUUCGGGACUUGGCAGCUGUGAGGACAUAUAGACUACUGGCAGAUGCGUCCCCUGGUUACCAUGGGGGUGUAAAUCCCCAAGGUUUUGUCAAAUCUAUCAGCGAUGCCAAUCGGAUGUAUGAGUUUCUGCUGAGCGGGAUGGAGAUGGACGCCGACAACAACAUGGCUAUGCUGGACAGGGAGCUGGCGUCUAUGCGCCAGGGUAGGGCCUUCCUGGCCCUCGUCAACGACCACAUCCCCAAGACCCUCUCCGGACUAGAGAACAUGGCCCACAAUCUGGAGGUCCAGGACAAGCCCAUUAGCUUGUCCCACUUUGAGACGCUUGUAUUGGGGAUCGUCUACUCAGCCUACCAGGCCCGACGCCAGCAAAGAGACGUGGAGCAGCAAGCCUGGACCGAAGUCCUGGGCCGCUUGACUAAUGUGACGUUUGUUGACCUGCGCAGGACAAAUGCAAAGUUUUGAAUGGUACAGAGAAGUUAGGGAGGUCAAAUAUCAAUGUAGUUCUGCCUUGAACAGGAAAUAUAUUAUGCAAUAAAAUAUUACCUGCUUUUGAUAAAGAUUGGACUACUAGAUCUUUUAACAUCUUUACAUCUUCCUCUUUUCAAUUUUACAACUUAUGGUUC